UGGUAGCUUUCGAGGCCUACACUAUUUGAUUUUGCUGAUUGAUGAUCGCAAGUACUUUAAUUUAAGCGUACAGCUACGAAAUGAACGCUGUACUGUAUACGACACAGUUUUCGAACCCGGUUAUUUGCAUUACGUAGAAAUGUUUUAUAAUAUCGAAUUUUACAAACUUUUGUUUGCCGUUUCUUCGAAGUUAUACUGUUGACUAUAGGCAUGGCGAGCUUUCCGCUUAUUUCAUAUUGAGAAAAAAACAUCUUUUUGGAAUAUUCGUUUUCAAAUACAAUUGUUAAGUUGUUACUGCGACUCGGCAGUAUUGAGUAGUAUUAGUUCUGCUAGUACGAAUGGAAUCAGGACGUGUGUUUGGUGUUGGCCCUGGUGUGUUUAUUGUUGCUUUUAUUUGGUCUUUUGCGGUGUUUAUUUUUUUGGCUAUUUCUAGAACGAAAACAAUAGGAGCCACAACAGGAGGGUUAGCUACCAUUUUUGUCUUAGCAGUUGUCACUAUAAUUCUUUUUGUGAUCCCUCGAGAGCAGCUUGAUACAUCAGAAAAUGACGAAUUUGAAAUUUUUGACAAACUCUUCUAUUGGAGAGUUGCUCUUGUUGUUUUCAUGGGUAUAUCCUUCAUUGGUGGAUUAACAUGUGUGUUUGUAACAGUUUGGAUGGAACCUGUGUUUGCCAAACCUCUUAAACAAUCGAAACAGUGGACCAUAUCUAUGAGUGGACAAUAAAAAGUGAUACAAAGACUGAAGAUGCAGCCUUAAAUGGUAGUGAAAUAAUUUGUUCUUCUUCAAGCUCUCCAAUUGUAUCACCCUAUUGUAGGAAAUCAUAUCAUUGGCUAUUCAAAAAAGAACUCAGAAGUGUGUAAGUUCACAAGAUAUUUUGCCAUAUUAACUGAUGAAAACAUUGCAUUCUUCUGGUUUUAAAAUUUAAUUUUUAGGUACUUCUGAGUCCAUUUUAUUGGGGUUUAUUCCAAACAGUAUGUUAUGUCAUGACAUAUAUUAUACGAAGCAUGAACUCAUCUGUGAUUCUAAAGAAAAACAUUCAUUAAAAUUUGAUUUAAAAAAAAUUAAAAGUGUUUUAAAAGUAUUAUUAUUUUUACUUAUACUCAGUUAUAGUUCUACAAACUUCAUUCCAUUUAGAUCAUUACAAAAGUAAUUGUAAAAGUCUUUUACUGUGUUAGUUUUUGCUUAAGAUGAAAAAUACAAAAAUUCAUCAAGAAGUGAACAGUGUACUCCAUGUAUUUACUAGAUUUUCAAGGUAUGCUUAUUUAACUGUAAUACUUCAGUUUUAAAAUAAAUAAUAUAUAGAUAUAAAA